CAUUUAUUAACAGUAGGCUUACAACGAAAAACUACUCAAUAUACACAAUGUAGCCCCCAUUAUGUUCAUCAUCUCGAAAUACCGAUUUAAGUGCAACCAGUGACACCUUUCUGGGAUAAAAUAGGCUGCAAAUGUCCAGUGUUAUCAAUAAAUGUGACCAGAUGCUGAUAACGUGCAACAAAAUAUGAGUCAAAUGAAAGACUGUAGCUGCAUAAGGGUAACGUGUCCAUUAGAGGAAAAAUGUGUCGGUGUGUCAUCUCGUGACGAGUCAGUGACAGUCAUUGUACACAAACAUUCUUGACAUGUUUUGGAAUAGGAUUCCCGGCCAAUGGGUACUUGCUGUGGGAUGCAUCGUGAUUUGAGCCCUUUGAAAUGUCAUCCACCCCUUUGUUACACAUGGCUGGGGGCGGGAUGCAAACAACUCGGUAUGUAUAAAUCUUGCAUCAGGAAUCCUAGGAUUACAGUGGUAGUUUACUCCUCCUACUAGUACACCUAUCUGCCCUCGAGUUGUAGGCUACUAUUGCAUCUUGGAAUUGGUACCAUUUGUACAUACAACAACCAUUUCUACAAUGGCAAUGAUGCUGCCAUUCGGUUGUUCCGCUGUCUUUUACAUGCUGGUCGGAUACUUUGAUUCUGCAUGCGCUGGAUCCGUGCUUCUCAACUCAAAUGCCAUCAAGAACAUUCCUUUAUUGGCGGGUCUGAGUCACCCGAUAAGCGCGAGCCCAGACGACUUUUCAUUUGACAGCGGGGCCCAAAAUAUGGCAAUUGAUACCAUACAGUCUUUGAGUUGCUCCACAGACGAGGAGUGCGGUGACCAUGGUUUAUGCUUUGUGUCCCGAGGCGCAUGUCUCCCGUGCAAGAGGCGCAGGAAGCGCUGUAUCCGGGACACGAUGUGCUGCCCGGGCAACCAGUGCAGCAAUGGUGUGUGUUUACCCAGCGAUCCUGACAUGGUUCAGCACAUCCGAACGGAGGACACAGUGCCACCCAGCAAUACACAGGAGAAAAACUCUACAGUGGUACUGAACUCCAAGUUGCCCACGCAAGAUCUUUCACAAACCCCAAAAGGUCUGGAAGGAAAGCGCUGCCUGAGGUCUUCGGAUUGCACAGAGGGACUUUGCUGCGCCCGUCACUUCUGGUCCAAGAUCUGCAAGCCAGUGUUGAAAGAUGGUCAGGUCUGCACCAAACACCAAAGGAAAGGCACACACGGUUUGGAGAUAUUUCAACGGUGUGACUGUGGAGACGGCUUGUCCUGCAGAACACAGGGAGGGGAGCACAACGGCAAGGCAACUCGAAGUCUGCACACUUGCCAAAGACAUUGAAUCAGCGGGAAUCCGUGGGUUUCGGUAGCCUUUCAGAAAGUCUGGCUGGAGGACUGAUGUGAUUUCUGACAAGACCCGUUUUGUUUUGGUCUUCUGAUUUUUGUCACUCAAAAAUAGCAGAGUAGUUGUGAUUGUUUCUCUAUGGAACUUGAGAUAUAUGAUUGUUACGGUAAAUUACUGUAUUGUACAUAACUUAUAGAUAAUGGCACUUAAUUAUUUUUGGUCACAACAACUAUUCGAGGAGAAGGUGCUCUCUCUAUGCUGUUAUCACAUCAUUGUAAAUGUAUUAACACUGUGAUUUAUACAACUUUAUAUAGAUUCUGAUAUAAAUUUAUAUUUUUAUUUGAAAUAAAGAGUGUU